CCACACUCUGUAUACGAGAUGGCGGCGGAAAUACCGGUAAUAGACUUCUCUCGCUAUUCUCUGGCUGUGGACGCAGACAAGGUCCCAGACAGCGUCUUACUAGAGCUGGGUCAGGAGGUUUACCAGGCUCUGGCCACUGCCCCCUUCCUCCUGCUGAAGAACUGCGGAAUAGAAGAACGACUGGUAAGGGAAUCCUUUACCUGCAGCAGACAGUUCUUUGAGCUUCCGGCGGAAGUGAAACAGAAAUACCGGCGACCAGACGACCCCCAUGACGACAAUUACAAUGGCUGGGUGGGGCAGGGUGUAGAGAGCGUCAACCCAGAAGGGCCGGUCGAUUUGAAGGAGUCAUUCAGUUACGCUCUAUGGAUGGAGCAGAAAUGGCCACACGAGGUCGUCUCAUUCAAGCCAACCUUGCUCAACUUGAACCGCCAAGCCAUGUCACUUGGCAAACGUAUCCUGCAGGGACUUGCCCUUGCUAUGGGACUGGAUCGACAUUUCUUUGAUGGACCACACAAAGGUGCAGGAACCCGGAAUUCAAUGACGGCAACGCGGUGUAACUAUUAUCCGGAAAUUACAGACGAAACAGUGAUUUUGCCGAAUCAGAUGCGCAUUGGAGAGCAUGCUGACUAUGUGACCUUGACCCUCUUGUUUCAAGAUGACCAAGGCGGGCUGGAGGUAAAGACAAAGGACGGGACUUGGUGCCCCGUGUUGCCAGUGCCUGGAACCGUCGGAGUGUUUGUUGAUCUGUUGUUACAAAGAUGGACGGCUGACAAACUGAAAGCUACGGUGCACAGGGUGAUUAUGCCAGGGGGCAAGUGCCCAGCCCGCCAGUCCAUUAUCCAACUUAUCGCUCCUGAUGACGAUGUGGAAGUGAAAUGCGUGGACGGAUCCGACACGUACGAACCCGUCAACGCGAGAUCUUUCGUUACUGGGAUAUUUGACAAGACAUAUUAACAUUACAAAGGACUGAUCAUCUGAAGCCUUAUAUAUAGGUUUAUAUCUUUGGGCAGGUGUUGGUAUUACGCAAGAACUUACGGCUACAGUAAAUGCUUUAACUUCAACAUCGAAAAUAUGGCUGAAGGCCGGACAAAACUUAAAUUGCUUAACGAUCAAAGGACCCUUAUUUUGAGGACAUUCAGAUUUUUUGCACCUAUGUUUUCUUUAUUUUCAAAUGGAAAAUUUAAAAUACA